GCCAUGUUCUUUUCGUGUGCUAUCCCAGAAGGAGGUGUAUUUUUAAAAAUCUAUUCAUAGGAAAUUCCUUGUACACCUUUAGAUUUCCUGACAUUGGUUUCAAGGAAUCCGAUUCCUGACAUAGGAUUCAAGGAAUCCCAACGGAGAAAGAGUACAAUAGAGAACAGUCACAAAACAUUGGUCAUCUAACAUAGGAUUCAAGGAAUCCCAACGGAGAAAGAGUACAAUAGAGAACAGUCACUAUACAUUGGUCAUCGUCCAUGUAGAUGUGUUGCAGUGUGUUCAGACAGAGGAACUAUGCCAAAGGAUGCUGAUGAGAAGUACAAUAAAGAAGCCCUUAAAAAUAGUGGACCUUUUAAGGCAGCAUUCUACUGCAAAAGAUGUAAUUUCAAGUGGGUCAGCUACGACAGCUGGCCGGGCACGUCGCAAGUCUGCAAUUGCUGCAAUAGAGGGAUUCCUCCAGAAAUAUAUCUGACGCCCUACCAAGGAAAAGGGCGGCGCUAUGGGGAUUAUAGUUGCAAUAACUGCGGCUACACCUGGUCAAGUGCCUACAGCUGGGCUAACACCUACCAACAAUGCAAGAAAUGUCAGAAGCAUGUCUACCCCAAAAGCCAGAGGAAACUCCAGAAAUCAGCAGACGAUGUGGAGAACAAAAAGCCCCAUCAUCAGAAACUUUGCGGGAAGUGCCAGGAACUAGGAUACAGCUGCAGAUUUCUUCAGGAACAAGAAGUAGAAGGAGAGUCUGUGGCUACAACGUUCCUACUGCAAGGCCAGCAAGCAGGCAACACGGCUACAAGGAGAAGAUCCACUUCUUAUGAUUAUAAUGCUGUUCCACAACCAGUUCCAUACGAAAACUUCAUCCCUAGUACAAGGAGGGGAUUCCAUUCUGCUGUUCCAUCACGAGUUACGAAUGAAAGAGUGUUCCCCAGGGUGAAUGUUGAACCUGAAGAAACCGCAUCAGACUCUCCAAGUUUCUUGAAGAUGGUUUGUGUGGGUCUUGGGUUGUUGAUUAUUUGGACAGUUUUUGGAUCACGUUCAAAUUAGCUCUUAUUUGGAAAGGCGUCAUAACCUCGUGCAAACUGACUGAUGAAAUGUUUCAUGACACUUUUUAACAUGACGGGAUUUGGUAUGAUCAGUAUGAUCUCGGUAUGUGUGAAACUGCAAUGUAUUUAGACCUAGUUCACUACUUUACGAAAAUCAUAGUGACCUUUUCUCCGGUAGUAUGUAAAUGUUGAAACGAGCCAAAUGAAACAAGCCAAACUAAACGAGCCAAAUAAACGUAUUAAACCUGAACUGAAAGAUGAAGUUUACAUGGAAUAUUCAAUGCAGGAUUGGGUCAAGUAUGUUUAUGGCAUGAAAUAUAAUAUUAUUUACAUAGUUCCAUUCGAUUCGGUUCAUUUUAAGUUUUGCAUGUUGAACCAUGGAAUGUUUCAUUUACUCAGUUCAUUUUGGCUUGUGCAAAACUUAACCGAGACAAAUUAAGUGGGCCUGAGUUUAGUUUGGCUUUUUCAUUUGGCUCGUUUCAACAUUUACACACUACCCUUUUCUCCCCCAGGUGGUAACAAUAUCUGGCCUAGCUCAUGGACUAUUUGUAUACAUGAUGAGACGAAAGAUUUUUUUAAAUGUUAAAUAACGAUGCCACGCUGUAAUAUUUAUAUGUGAAAAAAAAAAAACCCGAACAUGCCUAAUGAAUAAUAAUAAUAAUAAUGAUAAUAAUAAUAAUAAUAAUAGCAAGUUCUUAUAUAGCGCUUUUCACUGUAAUAUCUACUGUCUCAAAGCGCUUUACAAUCGCAAACAUUAUUACCCAGCCUGUCCAGAAACCUUUCUGGAGAACCAGGCCGGCCACAAUCUAGCGCACGCAAGGAUCUUUCAGGACAGUUGAGAGUUACAAAGAAAGUGGCACCGGUCAGGUAUCGAACCAGGGACCUCCCGAUCACAAGGCCGACGUUCAACCGUUGUACCACCGCAUGAUGUAUUCCAGAGCACACUGAAUAAGGCUUCCAUGAUGGAACAUGUAAAUGUCGAA